UAUUGUGUAGGUGAGCGAUUUGGAGUAUCAAGUCAUGAGUUUAAAAGGUCGGGCUAAAUGCAUUAUGCGGUCAAGGAAAGUCAACUUCGGCUUGAAGGCAAAAAAACAAACCUUGUGCACACCUACACCUUAUCCUACACCACCCUCUCUUCUAUCCUACACCACAUUAGAGGGCAGCACCACCUCCAAUCCUCCAUCAUCUGCAACACCUCCCAGCCACCUUCGGCAUCCUCCAUGGCAGCACUGCACCUUCAUACCUCCACCGCGCUGCAACCACGCCAACAACCCGCACAACCCAACACCACACCAACACCAAUUGCGCGCACCAUAACACAACAAUUCAGCCCAAAAUUGCCCAAGAAACAGAGCAAAAAAGCAGAGCAAAAACAGAGCAAUUCGGGUUCGAGCGAACCCGUAACGGAGUUCGACCGAACCUAAUAUUUACAGUUCCUGCAAAGGUCGGGUCCGACCGAACCUUCCAUGAGUUCGUCCAAACCGAAAAUAAUCCGGCCGAACCUCCAUUUGCGUUCGACCGAACAAUUGGGUGCGGAUUAGUUGUACGGAUUAAUGAAAUUCGACGACAGCGAUUGUAUUCCAAAUUAAGGGUUGCGAUUCCAUUGAUGACGAGAGCAGCAGCAAUAAAGACCGUGGGAUGAUUGAUGAUUGAUGAAGAUCAACGGCGAUGAUCGUUGUUGAUGAUGAUUGACGGCCUUGAUGAUGGUGGCUGAUGAGAGGGAGCAGCGAAUUGGGCGAGGAGGUGCAAAGCAGGGAGCAAGAAAAAAAACCCAAUUAAUUUGGGCGAAAAGGACGGAACAGGAAGGGGGGGGGAAGACGAAGGAGGGUCUGACCUUCUCGUUUUUUUUGGUUUUAAUUUGUUUUGUUUUUACCUUUUUCUUUUUCUUUCUCUUUUUCCUUUUCUUUCUCUUUUUCUUUUUCCUUUUCUUUUUCAUUUAUUCUUUCUACUUUUUACUUCCUUAUUUAUUUUAAUUAACUUCAGAUUUCAUUUUUUUUUUCAAUUUUUUUUCCUUCUUUAUUUUCUUUUUUUAGGCCUUGAGUAUAAAUACCCAAUUUUGGGGUCAUGACAAAUUAACCAUGUACAUAAUUUAGUUUAUUUUUCUCUCUAAUUUUCUAGGGUUUAGUUAAUUUUGGAGAGAGAAAGUGAGAGAAACAUGGGUUGAAAUUGGAUUUUGAAGAAUCAAAGAUGGGGAACUUGAUGAUUUGGAGAUUUCCAUCAUUUAAUCAAUGAGAUUUUCUUUACUCUUCUCUCUUCUCUCUUCAUUUAUUGUUUUAUAUGUUUCUUUGAUUAGAUUAGUUUCAUGUUUAGUUUUAUAAUUUAAUCUUCAAAUUAGUUGUUGUUUUUGCUUAGUAUCAUGCUAUUAGUUAUUAAAGUCUUUAAAUUUAUUAUUUUUAUGUUGAUUGAGUAGUGUUGUUGGUUAGGGUUUGGGUGAAAACCUAACGAUGAUUGAUUUGGGUAAAUGAGUUUGAAUUUGGUGAUGUUGCAUGAUUAAAUGAUUGCUUGUUUGAUCAUACUCGAACUUGGUUGUAUGCAAUUUAGCUACUUGUGUAUGACUUUGAUUUUGGGGUAGUUGACUUAGGGAAAUCGAGGGAUCGUGACCUAAGUUGACUAUUGUUUGGUUUGUGCCUAAUCAUGACCUAAGGGUAGUUGUGUGUAGGACGGGAGUUCGCAUUUAGCUAUUCUAAGAAUUGAUCUAAGGCGAGAGUCAUUUGGGGAUCUAUUUCUAACAAACGUCUCAUUCAUGCUUUGCUUGUGCUUCAUCAGUCCUAAUUGUUGCUCGUAUACAUGUUUCAUUAUUGUUGGUGUUUGAUCUCAUUCCUUGACCAUGUUUGUCCUUGGUACUUAGUUUAGUUGAUUUAGUUUUAGUUGGUUAGUUGACUUUUCAAAACCCCAUUCCGAUCUAGCUUAUCGAUUGAUUAGCAUAAAUUAGCGCACCUUAGUCCUUGUGGAUUCCGACCCUUGCUUACCGCUUUACUUGUGUUUAGUGGUUAGUUUAGGUAAUUUUUUUGAUUAGGAGAGACUAGUAACGACCUAGUUUUCACCUUGAUCAAAAUGGCGCCGUUGCCGGGGACUUCGGUUUGCAUUAGUUUGUGUUAGUUAGAUGAGUCUAGGUCAUUGUGCAUAGUUCUUUUUGUUUUUCUUAUUUAUUUGUUUCAUUUUGAAAAUUCAAAAAAAUGGCAAGUUUCUCGUUUCCUCAAUUUGAGCGUGAAUCGUUUUGGAGGUAUUUUGAAAGACUUGAGGAAUCUCUUGGAAGUGAUCAUAGGUUUGAUUUGUGGGAGUUAUGUGAAAUGAUUUAUGAUGGUCUUAAUGAACUUACUAGGGGAAUGGUUGAGAAUAUGUUUCAUGGUGAAUUUCGGGCUAAAUCAUUGGAUGAAGCUUGGAAUUUUUAUAAUUGGUUAGCUAGAGAUACCUAUGAUUGGGAAAUGACCAAUCAUGGGACAUGUAUUAGGGAUUUUCAUGUUUCUAAUGUUGAUUCUAGUUUUUGCAUGAAUUCCCUUGAAAUGUCCCAUGCUUUCAAUAGUGAGCCAAAUAUGCAUGAUUCUAAUCCCGUUUCCCCUUAUUCUCAUGUUGAUGAGUUACAUUCCAAUGUAAAUGUUUUUGAUGCUUCUUGUCAAAGCCCUUCAAUUAUUUGCAAGAAUUCGCAUGAUCUCCCUCAUAUGCUUGAUUGUGACUCUUCUUCCCUUGUUGAUUCUCAAAAUUCUAUGCAUUCAAAAUCAUCGGAACCUAACUUAGAGCUUCUUCUUGAGAAUUGCAUCAAAGAGUUUAAUUAUAGGGCCAACCAAAUAGCCGAUCACACGACCUUUCUUGAGGCUAAAAUCAAUGCUAUUCGGAAACCCAUAGAUCAUUUUGCUAUUAUUGACGAUGAUUUGAUGAAUGUUGAGAAUGAAAAUAAAUUUGGAAAGAGUAGUCUAAAUCUUGAUGGUGGUUUUUGGGAUGAUGAAGAUGAGGAGCAUGAUGUUGAGGAGAGUGAGGUAGCCUCUUUUGGAGAUUGGUUAGUUGAGGGUGUAGAGAAUCAUGAGCCCUUAUUGAUUGAUGGUUCGAUUCUUGAGUCUCUUACUCCUAUCUCAAGUGACCUUAAUUUCACUCCCUUUCCGCUAUCUUUAGAGCACCCAUCCUCUCGUAUCCCCCAUUCCUUGAGUGAAUUCUUUGGUCAAUGUGAAAUUAAGACAUCUCAUUUGGUGGUUGAGGAUGUUUUUGAGGCGAAUGAUGGUGAUUUGGAGGAAAAUUCCUUGUUUAAGGACCCUUUGGUCGAAAAAGCUUAUGUUUUGAAUUCUUGUGAUGUGGGAGAAGUUGCUUGUGAAGCCCUUGUUUCUACCCCUUCCCCUUAUGUCCCAUUUUCAAGAAAUCUUGGCCUAAUUCCCUCAUUUCCCAUCUCAUACCCUUUUUCUUUUCUCAAACCAUCUCCAUUAGAUGAUCAUCUUUCCUCCAUUGUUCUAAAAGUUCCCAAUUCGAUCAUCUUUGAGGAAAUGAGUGAGAUUACCCCCCAAUAAGAGUUUGUUGAGGAGAGUUUGCCGAUUAUUUCUUCUUUUUCUAAUUCUUUUUGUUUUUCUUCUUCUUAUUUUCUCAUUUUCUCUUUUGAUCCCACUUCUUUUCGGCAUCCCUCUCCUUGUUGGCAUAGAAUAGCACUAAUCUUUGUUCAUGCUUUUCUUUUGAGCAUUGCAUAUGUUUUAUUCCUUGAAAUGUGUGCCGAUGCAUUUGACAAACUCUUGCGUUCUUUGUCGGGUUAUUUACUAGAAAGGUCGUGCUUGGGACCUUAAACAAGCCUUUAUCGGGAAGUAACCCGUGCUUUAUUGCUUUCAUUUUCUUUAUUUUUGUUCUUACUUAUGUUUCUUUUCAAUUUUUGUUUUAGGUACUUAAGCGGAAUAAACGUUCAUUCUCGAUAGCAUAUGGAAACAAAGCACGAUUUUGGAGAAAGUUGACUACAAAUGGAGAAUUUGGAUCAUUUGCGCGUAUUUACACCCACCUACUAUCCGGUAGUGUCCUUCCUCUCUCUCUUUUUAUUACUCCAUGGAUUGAUUGGGCAUAUGAAUUAAUGAGGCAUGAGGUUGGAUGGUUGAAAUGUCGAUUUGGUUGCCUCCAUUUCUCUUUCUCUAAUGUGUUGUGAUUUGCCAAACUAUGUAUAUUGGUUGAAUGCGUGUUUUCUUUCCCCCCCUCCCUUCCCUUGAGUCUUUGUUUCAAGCAUUGAGGACAAUGCUUAAUUCUAGCUUGGGGGGAUAGCUUUUCGCUAGCUUGGGGGAGUCGAGUUUCUUUUCAUUUCUUUAGUUUUCCUUUUUUUUAAUUUUUUUUUUAAAAUCCAAAAACAUUUUCUUUAUUUAUUUUUAUUUUGAAUUAUUUGAAAAAAAUAAUCAAAAAAAUCAAAAAAUAUUUAGAAAAUCCAAAAAAGUCUCAAGUAAUUGAAUAAAAGCACAAAAAAUGAUUUGUUCGUCCAAAGGAAGAAUCUUGACGAUUUUUAAUGUGGAUUCCCUUGCUUGUCAUUUGGAUAAUUGAGUAAAGGUAUUUCCGUUGAAUUUUUUCAUGUAUGAGUUAUGGCGAUUAGAGAUAGCUUAAUCUUUGUUGCUUGAGUCUCUCCUUGAAAAAGUUUUUGAUGAUUCUAAAUGAUAAGCUUUGGUUUGAAAAGAGUCUAUUUUGUUCUCUUUUGGAAAUUCUUUGCUACCUUAAUUCCCUUUGAUGCACACUUCAUUCCCUUAGGUAAGACCAAUGCUAAGAGUUAAUUGGAUUGUAGAACAAAAAGAUUGUGAUUAAUGUUUUGAGUCCAAUAAGUGGAGCCAAUGAGCCCACAAGGCGAAAGCCAAAGUGUCAAGUUCAAGUCAAUAAGUGGCGCCAAUGAGCCCACAAGGCAUAAUAAGCCUAUUAAAAUUUACAAAACGAAAAAAGAGAGUCAAUAAGUGGUAAAUACCACAAGUCUAUGAGAAAGUGGGUUAGUUUAGAUGAUUGAGUGGGAGCUUGAAGAUUUAUUAAGUAAAGUUUUCCCUAGUGAUGAUGAACGACUCAAGAAUCGAGACUUUAGACCCAUUACUCAAAUUAUUUAAUCUUACAAUCCAAGAUUCUCUUAGCAAAAGUCAAGUUUGGGGGAGUCAAUGUGCAUUUUAGGUGGUCGUGAUCAUAUUAAUCCAUUUGAGAACAAUUUUUGACAUUUUGAUGCCUUAGUGAACCUAAUUGAUCAUUCGAUGCUUUGAUUGUGAUUCUCUUGCACCUUAGAUUAGUCUAUCCCCUAUAUUCCUAAUUCAUGGAUGCAUCUUGAUGAUGAUUAUGCUUUGAAAGCUUGUUUGAAUCGACCGUGUUUGGUGAACCGUGCUUCAUGAGAUGGCUUUGGGUGAAAUGUCUUGAUAGUGCUUAAUAAGAGUUAUGGGUUAAUCUUGUGGGAAACCCUUGCGAGAUCUCACUCGCCCUCUAGAGCGAUUUAGGGGUUUAAAGAGCUUAUUGCAUGUGCUUAAAUGCAAUCGUGAUUCCUACGACAGUGAGUUAGUGUAUAUUCUAUCUCAAUUUCUAUUUUCUAUGUUGAUUAGCUUCUUAAUAACUCAUUUUGCUCAAAAUUCCUAUCCCAUUGUCCUUUGUGUUUCAUUGUUUUGCUCGUGGACGAGCAAAAGCUCAAGUUUGGGGGCAUUUGAUGAGUGACAUUUAUGUCACUCAUAGGAUAGUAAUUUAGGCAUUAUUUGAGUCGGUCUUAUUAUGUUUUUAGCAUUUUUAGCCUUUUUUCUACUUGAUUUCUUAUUUCGAUUAUCUAUAACUUAGUUUAGCGUAUUUAGCAAUUCUUAUUAGUUUUUAGUCUUAUUUUCUUAAUUUAUUUAUUUUCUUUGUUUCGAUAAUUUUUAUUUUAAUUAUUUUAGUUUUUGUUAUUAUUAUUAUUAUUAUUAUUAUUAUUAUUAUUAUUAUUAUUAUUAUUAUUAUUAUUAUUAUUUUUCUAUCUCUUGUUUCUCUCCUAGUUUCCAUUUUUAUAUUGUGUAGGUGAGCGAUUUGGAGUAUCAAGUCAUGAGUUUAAAAGGUCGGGCUAAAUGCAUUAUGCGGUCAAGGAAAGUCAACUUCGGCUUGAAGGCAACAAAACCAACCUUGUGCACACCUACACCUUAUCCUACACCACCCUCUCUUCUAUCCUACACCACAUCAGAGGGCAGCACCACCUCCAAUCCUCCAUCAUCUGCAACACCUCCCAGCCACCUUCGGCAUCCUCCAUGGCAGCACUGCACCUUCAUACCUCCACCGCGCUGCAACCACGCCAACAACCCGCACAACCCAACACCACACCAACACCAAUUGCGCGCACCAUAACACAACAAUUCAGCCCAAAAUUGCCCAAGAAACAGAGCAAAAAAGCAGAGCAAAAACAGAGCAAUUCGGGUUCGAACUAACCCGUAACGGAGUUCGACCAAACCUAAUAUUUACAGUUCCUGCAAAGGUCGGGUCCGACCGAACCUUCCAUGAGUUCGUCCAAACCGAAAAUAAUCCGGCCGAACCUCCAUUUGUGUUCGACCGAACAAUUGGGCGCGGAUUAGUUGUAUGGAUUAAUGAAAUUCGACGACAGCGAUUGUAUUCCAAAUUAAGGGUUGCGAUUCCAUUGAUGACGAGAGCAGCAGCAAUAAAGACCGUGGGAUGAUUGAUGAUUGAUGAUUGAUGAAGAUCAACGGCGAUGAUCGUUGUUGAUGAUGAUUGACGGCCUUGAUGAUGGUGGCUGAUGAGAGGGAGCAGCGAAUUGGGCGAGGAGGUGCGAAGUAGGGAGCAAGAAAAAAAACCCAAUUAAUUUGGGCGAAAAGGACGGAACAGGAAGGGGGGAAGACGAAGAAGGAGGGUCUGACCUUCUCGUUUUUUUGGUUUUCAUUUGUUUUGUUUUGUUUUUACCUUUUUCUUUUUCUUUCUCUUUUUCUUUUUCCAUUUCUUUUUCAUUUUUUCUUUCUACUUUUUCCUUUCUUAUUUAUUUUAAUUAACUUCUGAUUUCAUUUUUUUUCAAAUUUUUUUAUUUUCCUUCUUUAUUUUCUUUUUUUAGGCCUUGUGUAUAAAUACCCAAUUUUGGGGUCAUGACAAAUUAACCAUGUACAUAAUUUAGUUUAUUUUUCUCUCUAAUUUUUUAGGGUUUAGUUAAUUUUGGAGAGAGAAAGUGAGAGAAACAUGGGUUGAAAUUGGAUUUUGAAGAAUCAAAGAUGGGGAACUUGAUGAUUUGGAGAUUUCCAUCAUUUAAUCAAUGAGAUUUUCUUUACUCUUCUCUCUUCUCUCUUCAUUUAUUGUUUUAUAUGUUUCUUUGAUUAGAUUAGUUUCAUGUUUAGUUUUAUAAUUUAAUCUUCAAAUUAGUUGUUGUUUUUGCUUAGUAUCAUGCUAUUAGUUAUUAAAGUCUUAAAAUUUAUUAUUUUUAUGUUGAUUGAGUAGUGUUAUUGGUUAGGGUUUGGGUGAAAACCUAACGAUGAUUGAUUUGGGUAAAUGAGUUUGAAUUUGGUGAUGUUGCAUGAUUAAAUGAUUGCUUGUUUGAUCAUACUCGAACUUGGUUGUAUGCAAUUUAGCUACUUGUGUAUGACUUGGAUUUUGGGGUAGUUGACUUAGGGAAAUCGAGGGAUCGUGACCUAAGUUGACUAUUGUUUGGUUUGUGCCUAAUCGUGACCUAAGGGUAGUUGUGUGUAGGACGGGAGUUCGCAUUUAGCUAUUCUAAGAAUUGAUCUAAGGCGGGAGUCAUUUAGGGAUCUAUUUCUAACAACCGUCUCAUUCAUGCUUUGCUUGUGCUUCAUCAUUCCUAAUUGUUGCUCGUAUACAUGUUUCAUUAUUGUUGGUGUUUGAUCUCAUUCCUUGACCAUGUUUGUCCUUGGUACUUAGUUUAGUUGAUUUAGUUUUAGUUGGUUAGUUGACUUUUCAAAACCCCAUUCCGAUCUAGCUUAUCGAUUGAUUAGCAUAAAUUAGCGCACCUUAGUCCUUGUGGAUUCCGACCCUUGCUUACCGCUUUACUUGUGUUUAGUGGUUAGUUUAGGUAAUUUGUUUGAUUAGGAGAGACUAGUAACGACCUAGUUUUCACCUUGAUCAGAGACCAUGUUGGCGAAAAUUGAAGAUGUUGCCCAGCUCUAUUCGGAUGCCAUGGAUGCUGGAGACGAGUCCAUCUGUCUCCCUUGGGAGAAUUUCGUAGAUAGGAGGGGCAAUCAUGAUGGCCUUUUGGCGAGGCUUGCUCCACCUGUACGCUUUGUGCUGCCGGAGGAGGAGAUCGACCCAAAGGAUGUUCCCUAUGCUGACAGGGUUAUCCGCUAUGUUGACUCGGACGGGGAACAGGUGGAGGUUAUUGUUCCGGUGGCUUCUCCUCCACAUCGAAGGGCGUACGAUGUUGUACCGGAGCAUUAUGCAGCUAUAAGUACCGUUGUAAUAUCUUGAAAUUGAUUGUAAUCUUGUAUCUGGAAAUUGAUUUUGAAUCUUGUAUGCAGGCGCCUCGGGUGAGAGUGCGUCGUUGGAUGCUUGUGAUUGACUCCCUGAAGAGGCAUUGCGUCAAUCUGACCAUGAAGCUUACUGGCCGGGAUAGAGAGGAGCACCGUCGAGGUCGCAGAGGUUCUGUGGACAGGGGUUCCCGGUGGAUACUUCGAGAGAGCAGGCCGGGCAGAGCUUAGGUCUGGGCCCGGGUCCUAGUACUAGUGCUCGUCAGAAGCAUUCUGAUGUUGAUAGGGGAGUUAUUCCCUUUGCAUAUGAUGAGCCUACCAGGCAUUUUGUUGGAGGUAUGGGCAGCCAGAUGCCUUUUACGCCGCCCCCUGGUACUUAUUUCGGAGCGAGUAGCUCCCAGCCUUGGAGUGCAGGAUCUUGGGCUUACUGUUAUAAGGUGGACCGGAUGCGCCAGGUCCAUGAUUUUGAGAUGCAGCGCCAGUUCAUGGCGAUUCCGCAGCCUUAUUAGUACCCUUCCUAUCAGUAGGGAACACAUCGGCCUACUGGUACCCUUCGUAUUUCGGAGCAGGAGCCUGUUACCCCUGGGAUGGAGCUAGACCGGGAUCUGGAGCGCUAUAUGAGAUGAAAUAGAAACAAGGAGCCUGUGAUUGACAUUGCGGCUGAUGAUGAUUCUGAUUGAUCCUGCAUGGUAGCGAGUUCCAGCUUGCCUCGAUUGGACUUUUGUAUGAGGAUCUUUUGUAUAGAUUUUUGUAGCUUGUAUUUGGAUUUGUAUUUGUAUGGUUUGUACUUGGAUUUUGUAAAGUUUGGAAUUUUUGGAUUUUGUAUGGUCGGAAACUUGGAUUUUGUAUGGUUAUUUGUAUGAUUUUGUAUGAAAAAAUUUGCCCAAAUUUUCGGGUGUGCAUACCCACUAUAA